GGAAGGAUGAAUGGGCAGAACGGUCUCGGAGGACGUGACUUCGUAAAAUUUGUCGCGUCCGACGUAUGAGCGUCAAGGGGCGGGGCCUGGGGCGUGCUUGAUGGCGUGCUCGGCUGGAGCUUGGGCUGUGUAACGACCGUACCCCUGCACUUGGCUGUGUGACUCUUGUUUUCUCCCCCUGCCUCCUUCAGUGAUGCUUAGAAUUAGCGGCCCCAGGGAAGAGGAAGAAGAGGAACAGGAAGAGGAGGAGGAGGAUUGCCCGGAGCUGGUGCCCAUAGACUUGCAGCAGCAGCAGCCGCCGCCGCCGCAGAAAGAGGAGAAGCCUGAUCCCUUUGCUAAAAUCCCGGUCACGAUUAUUACUGGGUAUUUAGGUGCUGGGAAGACAACACUUCUUAAUUAUAUUCUAACUGAACAACAUAACAAAAGAAUAGCAGUUAUUUUAAAUGAAUUUGGGGAAGGAAGUGCAUUGGAAAAAUCCUUAGCUAUAAGCCAAGGUGGGGAUCUAUUUGAGGAAUGGUUGGAGCUUCGAAAUGGUUGCCUCUGCUGCUCAGUAAAAGACAAUGGUUUGAAGGCUAUUGAGAAUUUGAUGCAGAAGAAAGGAAAAUUUGACUACAUACUAUUAGAAACAACUGGCUUGGCAGAUCCUGGUGCUGUUGCUUCCAUGUUUUGGGUUGAUGCUGAAUUAGGGAGUGACAUUUAUCUUGAUGGAAUUGUAUCUGUUGUGGAUUCCAAAUAUGGAUUGAGGCAUUUAACAGAAGAAAAACCAGAUGGCCUGAUCAAUGAAGCAGUGAGGCAGGUUGCUUUGGCAGAUAUUAUUAUAAUCAAUAAAACUGACCUUGUUGCAGAAGAGGAGUUAAUUAAAAUCAGAACAAUCAUCAGAUCAAUAAAUGGACUAGGAAAAAUCUUAGACACACAAAGAUCAAGAAUUGGAAACAGGAAUGGUGGAAAUGGAAUGGACUAUUUCAGGAGAGUUGAUCUUUCUAAAGUACUGGAUUUACACUCUUUUGACAGUCUCUCUGGAAUCAGUUUACAGAAAAAACUACAACAUAUGCAGACAACACAACCUCACCUUGAUAAGAGUAUUGUUACAGUCACGUUUGAAGUACUAGGAAGUACAACUGAAGAAAAUCUAAAUAUAUUUAUUCAAAAUCUUCUGUGGGAAAAAACUGUGAAAAACAAGGCAGAUAAUACCAUGGAAGUCAUCCGACUAAAGGGGCUGGUGUCUAUCAAAGACAAACCACACCAAGUGAUUGUCCAAGCGGUCCAUGAGCUAUAUGAUCUGGAAGAGACUCCAGUGAAGUGGAAGGAAGACACUGAGAGAACCAAUAGACUAGUGCUGAUAGGCAGGAACUUAGAUAAGGAAAUCCUUAAACACCUAUUUAUAGAUACAGUGACUGAAAAACAAGUAAGCAGUUGAUACUACAUUUCAAAGAUCGUCUGUCCUUAAUAUUAGAAGCAUCAGAAGGAUGAUAUGCUGGGGAAAAUCUAUUUUCUUCUGUUCAUCAAUCUAUUUCUUGUCUACUGUUAUGAGGUUUUUUUCUUCUAUAUAAUACAUUAAAUAGUGUCAAAUUUUCAGCGUA